GGUCCUUCGCUAGAGGGCGGCAGGGACCUCACUCAAAUGACAUCAUCAUCACGUGACAGGAAGUAAAGCGACGACAACAAAACCGCGCUUGGUAUAAAAACUCAAACGGAAGCGUGUCGCCUUCUAUUCGGCUGCAUCAGAUAAACACGCAACUUAUGUGGUGAAUCAGUAACAUUAGCUACACGACAACCGUAGCGACGAAAGAGUGUGAAAAUGUCUGCAAGGACCACCGCAAAGUACGUGGAGGAAAAGGACCGUAGUCGUCCACAACAAGAACAUCUUUGGCUGCAGCCUUAUGUUGUGUUGCGCAGAGCAGGCAUCAGUGAAGCUAUUCGUCCUAAGCACCCGGAGCGCACUUGCAUUAAAGAGGAAGAUGUGGGCAAAGAUGUCCAUCACUUCAAUGAACAAAUGGAGCAGAAGUUUCUUUGCACCAUAAAAGAGGAGGAAGAGCCUGAGCGGCCUUGUAGUAAAGAGGAGGGAGAGGAGUCCUGCAACAUUAAAGAGGAGGAGGAUGAGGAGGAUACCUGCAAGAUGCCAUUGACUGGUGUUCCUGUGAAGAGUUUAGAUGAGGGUCAACAGGAGGUGAGCAAAGGGGCGGAGCCUCCAAGCUGCAGCUCAAGUCAACCAAUGACCAGAGAAGGUGAUGGAGACCACUGUGGAGGAUCACAAGCAGCUCCACCAUCAGAUAGUGAUGACGUGUCGUCACAUGAUCCUGCUGCUGCUGCUGAUGAUGAUGAGUCUCAAAACAAACACAGGCAAUGUUCUCAGUGUGGGAAAUGUUGUGCUAAUAACAGUGUUUUGAAACAACACAUGAAAAUGCACACAAGAGAGAAAAACCUUUCCUGCUCAGUUUGUGGCCAAACAUUCGGUCACAGGGGACAUUUAAAUGCACACACAAGAAUCCACACUGGUGAGAAACCUUUUUCCUGCUCAAUUUGUGGGGGAAAAUUCUCUCGGAAGGAAAGUCUAACAUGUCAUACAAGAACCCACACUGGCGAGAAACCUUUUUCAUGCUCAGUUUGUGGCCAAACAUUCUCUGAGAAGGGACAUUUAAAUAGGCACACAAGAACCCACACUGGUGAGAAACCUUUUUCAUGCUCAGUUUGUGGCCAGAAAUUCUCAGAGAAGGGAACCUUAAAAACGCACACAAGAAUCCAUAGUGGCGAAAAACCUUUUUCAUGCUCAGUUUGUGGCCAGAAAUUCAGUCAAAAGGGAAGCUUAAAAAGACACACAAGAAUCCACACUGGCGAGAAACCUUUUUCAUGCUCAGUGUGUGGCCAAAAAUUCAGACACAGGGUAAGCUCUAUUUCCUGCUCACUCACUUGUCAAAGAGUCUCUAUUGCAAAUUCUGAGUGUGCUGAGGAGAUGAGCAAGGAUCUGUGA